AUCGCCUCCGAAUGUGUACCGGAAGUGGUGUGAACGUGUGCGUCGUUGUUUUCACUGCUGCUAGUGUUUUUGUGUCUAAAAAAAAAAACAAAACAAAAGAGCUACUUUUUUUUAUACCUGUUUAGAGAACAAAAUGAAACACAACUCAAAUGUUCCUGCGUUUCUCACCAAGCUGUGGACUCUGGUGGAAGAUUCUGACACUAAUGGAUUCAUUUGCUGGAGUCAGGAGGGGAACAGUUUCCUCGUCCUGGAUGAGCAACGGUUCGCGAAAGAAAUCCUACCGAAGUUUUUUAAGCACAAUAAUAUGGCCAGUUUUGUCCGACAGCUGAACAUGUACGGCUUCCGCAAGGUGAUGCACGUCGACACCGGCAUAGUGAAGCAAGAGCGAGACGGACCAGUCGAAUUCCAGCAUCCUUACUUUCAGAAUGGCCGAGACGAUUUACUGGAGAACAUAAAGAGAAAGGUAUCCAGUAGUAGACCAGAAGACAGCAAACUGAGGCAAGAGGAUCUGUCCAAAAUUCUGUCUAGUGUUCAAACUGUGCACGAUAAACAGGAAGACAUGGAUGCCAGACUUGCCACUUUGAAGCGUGAAAACGAGGCUCUGUGGAGGGAGAUGUCCGAUCUCAGGCAGAAGCACGUGCAACAGCAACGUGCUAUAAAAGAGCUGGUGCAGUUCAUCAUCACACUGGUCCAGAAUAACCGUGUGCUGAACCUGAAACGCAAGAGGCCUCUGCUACUGAGCAGCAAUGGAAAGAAGUCAAAAUUCAUUUCCCAGAUCUAUGAGGAACCAGUGGACCAAAGCAGUUCUGCAGUCAGCGAUCUGAAGAACACCGACGUCGCUGACGAAGUCGUUGUCUGCGAUACCACGAACGAAGACGCAGAAAUCGCACUGGACACCACGACGCUGGUAGACGAAGGUGAUGUAGAAAUCAUUGAGGUUGACUGCGACAACAACGAGACCACAGAAAACAGGAGCAUGAACGGACCGAUACCAACAGACGCUACACCGCAAGCCGAAGGAGAAACAUCCAGAAGCCCUGAAAGCAUCCAGCCAACAUGCAGCGCCUUGCAGUUAAACCAUAGUUCAGCCCUGAGCCUGGAGGAUCCUGUGAAGAUGAUGGACUCCAUCCUCAAUGAGAGCGGCACCAUUUCUCAGAACAUUAACCUCCUGGGCAAAGUGGAGCUGAUGGACUACUUGGACAGUAUUGACUGCAGCUUGGAAGACUUUCAGGCCAUGCUGUAUGGAAAACAGUUCUCCAUCGACUCCAACAUUCUAGAGGAAACCGGCUCCCACUUAAGAGGCGAAGACGUUUCUGCUAGGACCGAGACAGAGCAUUACUCCACAGAUAAACAGUUGAUUCAGUACACCAGCUGUCCCUUGCUGUCUUUCCUGGAUGGUUGCAGUCCUCUCCCCUCGGUUAUCGAACCACAGCCCGAAGAUCUAAACCAAGCUUCAGUGAAGCAGAGCACAGAAGACGCUGUGGACCUCCUGCAGUCCUCCCUGCAGCCAGAAGCAGCUCCACGCAGCUCAAUGAUCCGCCUCGAGCCUCUCACCGAGGCAGAGGCCAGCGAAGCCACACUCUUCUAUCUGUGUGAACUGAACUCGGACCUGCCUCCAGCCGAUCCACCACAACUGGACAUUUAACGACGGACCUUUUUAUUGUACAUAUUCAUCAGAACGACGAUCUAUUUAUUCAAUGCAUUUUUCGGUACAUUUUUUUUUUCCACGUGAAAUUGACAUUCCAUUUUAUCACGUCAGCUUUUUGAUCUUGUUCAUCGUCGUCCUGGAUAAACGAGGGUUACAGUGCAGCAAGUUUGUUACACCAGAUUGUAGCUUUUCUAAUUUUGUGUUUUAUUCUGUUGUCCUUUUAUUUUUUUAAAUACUGAAUUCUGUGAUUGCGUCUUUGGCUUGGUCACGUGACAUGGUAUAGAAGUGCCUGCGUUCAGAUCUCUGUACAUAACAGUACUCUUGUUAGUUCAAUAAUGUCCUGAAAGUACAGUGAUUUCGCCUUUCUCCUUAUGCUUUGUCAAUAUCCCAAUAAUAAAGACGUCGCAAGGAA